AGAUAUGAUCAGUAAUAUUAUCACCUGGAGUGGUCUUGGACUCUCUGUGACGUCACUCAGUAUCAGUCUCAUUACACUCUUCGUUCUCAGACGAUCGUUGACUGCUGACCGUGUAAUAAUCCAUGUCAACCUGAUGAUUGCCAUUCUAUUCUUUGACAUCGCCUUCUUUUCAGUCACAUACAAACCAAUUGAAAUUAAGUCCAUGUGCAAGGCGUUCGCCUUCGUCCUGCACUACUUUUCCCUCGCGGUUAUGUUUUGGAUGCUCGUUGAGGGCGUGCAUCUCUACCGUCAGAUCAUCAAAGUAUUUGACUCUGGGAAUCCUCGAACUUGGCUUUAUGGAAUCUUAGGAUGGGGAUGCCCGGCAAUAAUUAUCAGUAUUACUGGAGGUCUGAAACAUGAAAGUUAUGGAUAUGGGCGUAGUUGCUGGCUGAAUCCAUCAGAUGGAACAAUGUGGGCAUUUGGCGGACCGGCUUUUGCAAUCGUAUUGGUCAACGUCGUUAUUCUCGCAAUGGUUGUCAAGACCGUAGUCUCUGCAUCUCGAGGACAACUUGACAACGAUAAUGUCAAGCAAAUCAGAAAUGGACUUCGAAGUACCUUGUUGCUCUGCCCGUUGCUUGGAAUGGCUUGGCUGCUGUCACCUGCAUUGGUGUUUUUCCCUCGUAUAAAGGCAUUGGAAUACACAUUUAAUGUGCUUAACUCUCUUCAGGGAUUCUUUAUCUCUCUGUUCUACUGUUUUCUCAAUGCUGAGGUAAGAAACGCCAUCAGAGAACAUGUUCGUAAAUCACAAGACAGCCAGAAUUUCGACAGUGAAUCUGCCACAGUUUCAGCAUCCGAGCAAAAACCCGCAAAGACUGGUAGGAGACGUGUUCGAGUUCGUCCAGCUCCCGUAUUCCUUGGAGGGAUAUUCUGAUUGGUCUUUUAGUGGUCUUUGGAAUUCUCGUUAUCAUCGUAAUCUUCAUUAUCAUCCUUAUUUAUGGCAAGGUCAAAAGGAGACGGACCCAGAUGGCUAAAAUUCAAGAGGUCAACAAUGGCACCCAACGGGGCUACAGACAGUCGGAUGUCCUCUAUGUGACGGACAGUAACUCAUACACAUCAUCGGAGGUCGACGAUCACCACAAUGGUGUCGACUACGGUCAAGAUGUGGUUGCCGACCCAGGUCAUGUCCGCAUUAGCAUGGUUGGUGACCGUGACAACAUGCGUGAUGCGGGAACCAGUACAAGAUGGACGAAUAGUCCGGAAUAUAACAAUGGGAUGUAUAGAUAUAACGCAGCUUAUGACCCCUCCGAGGCUGAGAAUAUGUAAUGUCUAAUGAAAAUAUUAAAAAUACCCCCCCCCCCCGCUUUAGAAUAGCUUGCAAUAUUUGAAGCACUAGUAUUUGAAACAACUGAUCCAUUUAUGUAGUAUGUCAUUCUUAGGAUGUGAUAACUAAAAUUUCAAAAGACGCAAUGACAUGAAUUAUCUCACACAUUAGGCUGCUAUAUCAAUGCAAUUUAAUGAAUUUACAGAGGCUGAAAAGAUAUAUAAUGUGCAAGUUUAAGUUUGAUUAUUUUCACUUAUAGGUCAAGUAAAUAAAUGAAUCAGAUAAGAAGCAUUAAUUGAUUUUGUACUAAGUGAUUGAUUGUAAUGUUUUUUACUUAUUUUAUGUAUGAAUUUAAUUAUAAACAUAUUAAAUGAACAAAUAGCAUUGGACCAUGUGCACCUAGAAUUAGGAACAAUCUUCCUUUACAGCUGCAUGUAUUUGAAAGAAAAAGUAUAUAGUACAAGACAUAGGUAUCCAAAUUUAUAAUUUUUAUAUCUUCCUAAUAUUUAUAUUAAUGAUGUUGCAUUCUUCUGUAUUAAAUUUGUGUUGAUUUAAGAGCUGAUAAACCCAAAGAGUUUUAUCCAUAUGUUUUAUAUACACAUAUAAUUAUAUAAUGGAAUGACGUAUAAUUUCAUUCGAGUUAUAUUUUUUUCAUUGGUUCUCAACUUUGAUAGAAUACUUUACCAACUUAUUGUAUUCAGUUCAUCUAUCAACUAUAUGUCACCCAAAAUCUAAAAUAUAUCCUAGGACUACAUAAACUUUGAAUUUUGGAGACAUUGAUUACUUGGAAAGUAUAAGUGAUUGUGACUCCUGUUUUCAUUAAAAUGUCUAAUUUUGCAAAGUUUGAUUGUAAACGAUUGCAUAGACGAUAUGACCUCCAAUGACUGCUAAUAAGAGUUGUAGCUUAUGGUCUACUUAUAAAGCUAAAAUGCUUGGAUGUGACUGGAAUUUGACUUCAGAUGUUAUUUAUCCAAGUAAAAUACACAGUACUGAUAUCAAUUAGUUAUUCCCAAGUAUUCAAUUGUCAUGUUUGUCUUUCUAUUUAUGCCCGCAAUAAAGAGAGUUGAUUAUUAUAACGAACUGGUUAAGGAAGAGCAGUGGAAAAUAACAGUCUUGGUAUUUCAAUCUUAUUAUUGUGAUGCAUCUAUUGCCUUGUCUGUUCUGUCGGAGAAAGAGGUAAUGUCAUUGAAUCUAGUGCUUAAGAAUGUAAACUUAUUAGAACAUGAAUGUUUGAUGAAUAGAUAUAUAUAAAGUCUUUCAGACAGGAACAUCACAUAUAUUUCGUAAAUGAUAGCUCCUUUCACAAAGCAAAUUUUCUUCCUCAUAAUUAUGAUCAAUAGGUACAAUAAUUAUUACUGCAUUCCUUUUGAUAUAUGAAUAUAGAUGCUGUCAUUUGAAUAUAAAUAGUUUACAUGUUCAUACUGAAAACAAAAGUUUUAUAUGAAAUAGUGCCUUAUUUAUGUAACAUUGAAUUGAAAUUAUGACUUCUCAGCAUUUUUUAUUCAUAUUUAGUUCCAUGUUUUUUUCGCCAAAUAUUCACCUCAUAAGUAAACUACUGCAAAUUAUAAUUGAAAUGUAAUGUCAUUUCCUCUUUUCUCUUUAAUUCGUUAAGAUCCAAUUGUUUUUAUGCUGAUGAAAAUCUACUUUGAAUACACAGUAUAUUGGUGGUGUUUACCCCAUGUAUCAUGUUAAAUGUCUGACAAAAUUUUGUCAUAUUUUUAAAAUUGUUUAAAUUAAAAGCUU